UUCAAAUUAUAGCUGUCGUCCUUAAAGGCUAGACUGGUAGAGCCAACUGAAGAGUCCAAAAAGUGGAAUAAGAAGAACAAAAACCGGAUAAAGAGAAGUGGAAAAGCACCUGUUACUUUUUGGGUAUGCAUCAUGAGGGCAUAUAUUGCAUACAUAAACUGUAACUUCAAAGCACUACAGGAAUACAGGACCCAACUACAAGCUAGUGAGAAAUGGCUUCUCCUAGCCAAAUCUGCAGAAUCACUUUUGCUUGCUUCUUUAUCUCAUGCUUCAUUAUCUUUCAAUGCCAUAGUUCUUCAUCAGAUUUCGACGACAGGGUUAGCGUGUCGUUGUACUAUGAAUCGUUGUGUCCAUACUGCGCAAACUUCAUUGUGAAUCAGCUGGUGAAGUUGUUUGUCACAGAUCUUGGGUCCAUUGUCAAUCUCAGGCUCAUCCCCUGGGGAAACACCCAAACAGCACCUAACAACGCCUGGGUUUGCCAGCAUGGGCCUGAUGAGUGUCUGUUGGAUGUAGUCCAAGCAUGUGCCAUUAAUGUGUGGCCUAAUCUGGAGAUGCAUUUCAGGUUGGUAUAUUGCAUAGAGCGUUUGCAGCUGGAGAACAGGCAUGGGGAGUGGAAUUCUUGCUUUGCUGCAACUGGAUUGAGUGAAUUGCCGGUUAGGGAUUGCUUCAAUAAUGGAGUUGGAAUCCGGAUAGAACAGGGAUAUGGUGAUGAGACAGCUAGUCUAAACCCCCCACACAGGUUUGUCCCAUGGGUUUUGGUGAAUAAUCAGCCUCUUCAAGAAGAUUAUGACAACUUUGAAGCCUAUAUCUGCAGAGCUUAUAGGGGAAACAGAAUUCCCCAGGCUUGCCAGUCACUACCAGUUGAAGCCAAUAUGAUGGUGAAGACAUCAAGUAACACCCCUCAAGUUUGUUUUCGAGAAUAACCCGAAACUACAAUAGAUGUGUGGCUCCAUAAGACUCGAAUUCGACUACUUUUUGCAAUCUGAAUGUUCAUGAGAUCAGAUGAAUGUGAAGUGCAGUCUGUAAUGCAAUGUAAGAAUAUGAAAAAUUAUCCCCAGGCCAGAUUGAUUGAUCUCAAGUUAUGAAGCUGCUC